AUGGAUGAUCAACCGACGGAGGAGGCUCCUUUACACUCUCUGAAGAAGAAUUCUGGUGACAUUGGAUGGGAUUAUGGAUUCAAAAGCAAGAAGAUUAAGAAGAGAAAGCAUGAUGAAGAUUUGAGGGCAGAGGUCACUAUUGGCAAGGACAGUGUUAUUGAGGAGCUUGAAAGAGAGCUUGGUCGUCGUAAAAGUCCUCACUUUCAAGGUCCGAUGGACAACUUUGCUACAACUAUUAACCCUCAAGCAACUUCUGCUGGUCAGAAACGUCAACAGAGUCUCCAUGAUGCGAUUUCAAAGGAAAAAACAAAUCAGGUGCAUCAGUAUUGUGCUCGCUGGAUCUACAACUCAAGCAUCGCUUUCAAUGCCAUUGACAAUGACGACUUCAGGCUGUUUUGCGAAGCUUUAGGACAGUUUGGUCCUAAUUGGCAGCCUCCAAGUCAGCAUCAGCUUCGGGAACGACUUCUUAUUGAGGAGAAACAAAGGACAAAGGAAAAGCUGAAAGACUUAGAGGAAGAAUGGGAGCAGGAAGGAUGCUCUGUGAUGACUGAUGCAUGGACUGAUAUGAGAAGAAGAAGCAUCUUUAAUCAUUGUGUCAACUCAAGAUCAGGUACAUGUUUUCUUAGUUCACAAGAUUGUUCUAAGGAGUCUCACACAGGUCAGUAUAUCUUCGAGUAUAUAGAUAAGUGCAUCGAAGAAGUAGGUCCUCUGAAGGUUGUCCAAGUGGUGACUGAUAAUGCAACCAAUAAUGUGGCGGCUUCAAAAUUGCUUAAGGAGAAGAGGCCGAAUAUCUUCUGGUCUGGAUGCGCUGCUCACACCAUUGAUCUGAUGCUUGAAGGAAUUUCAAAGCUGGAUGGGAUUGCUAAAAUAAUAGACCAAGCCAAAUCUCUCACAAUCUUCAUCUACGCUCAUCAUAGAACCUUGGACUGA